GGAAUCCUGGGGUGAGUGAGAGAGUUAUUCCUAGACUGGGUCCUGCACUUAUCAAAUGUCUUUUUAAGACCCAACAAUGAAGCUGGGACCUUCACAGCGCAUGCGCGCACAGUUCCUUUCUCCUGCUGAUCUUGGCACAGCUCUGAGCAGCUGAGAGCUCUGCAAAACGCAAGGGGGGCUUCUCCUCUGCAGUCAGACAGAGCUGGGACCCCCAGGGACACACACUACCAAUGAAGUGAAAUGUUAGCCCACUCUGGAUCUUCUAACAGUGUUCCUCCUUCUCUGGAAAUGACUGCUACAUAGUGUCAGAGAACUUGUCCUGGAAGUGUCUGCAGGAGAUCGCAGGCUGAGGAUCCCACACUGACAGAAUGAAGUAGAUGACUUGGGACCUGGAACUUCUUCCUUGUCUGGCUAGGUUUGGUACCUGGACAGCACUACGGACCGGUCUCUCAGUGCUUUGAAUCUCCUGUAGUCCCAAGAGAGGAUGAAGUGGUGAAAGGAUGGGGCAUUCUCCUGCAAGAUUACACAAUGGCCCGAGAGGACUCUGUGAAGUGUCUGCGAUGCCUGCUCUACGCCCUCAAUUUGCUUUUUUGGCUGAUGUCGAUAUGUGUUUUGGGAGUUUGUGCGUGGAUGAGGGACUAUAUAAAUAACGUUCUCACAUUAACUGCAGAAACAAGGGUAGAAGAAGCCAUCGUUCUGACAUAUUUCCCCGUGUUCCAUCCAGUGAUGAUUGCUGUCUGCUGUUUCCUUGUCAUCGUUGGGAUGCUUGGCUACUGUGGCACUGUGAAAAGCAACCUGUUACUUCUUGCGUGGUAUUUUGGGAGUCUACUGGUCAUCUUCUGUAUUGAGCUGGCCUGUGGAGUGUGGACAUAUGAUCAGGAAAUUACGGCUACAGUCCAAUGGGCCGACAUGGUCAGCUUGAAGUCUCGAAUGCCGAACUAUGGCUUCCCCAGAUACCAGUGGCUGACUAAUGCAUGGAAUUUUUUUCAAAAAGAGUUCGAAUGUUGCGGAGUCAUAUACUUAACAGACUGGCUAGAAAUGACGGAAAUGGACUGGCCCCCGGAUUCAUGCUGUGUUAACGAAUACCCAGGAUGCUCUAGGCAAGCUCAUCAUGGAGACCUCAGUGAUCUUUUUCAAGAGGGUUGUGGCAGGAAAAUGUACAGUUUCCUGAGAGGAACCAAACAGCUACAAAUGUUGCGAUUUCUUGGAAUCUCUAUUGGAGUUACACAGAUUUUGGCCAUGAUCCUUACUGUCACAUUGUUGUGGGCAUUAUAUUACGACAGGAAGGAUCCCCGAAAAGAGCAGAUGGCGUCCUUAAAUCACGACUCCUCGCAGCUCGCAUGUCAUCCAGUGGAACUGCUGAAGCCAGGCCUGUCUAGGACUUGUGAUCAAAGGACUACAGCCAAUGGCUUAAACACAUAUUUUGAAAUGGAAGAAUUGUAAAUGGUUAUAGCACAAACGUGUUAUAUUAAAUCCCUCUGUAUGAAAAAAAAUAUUCCCCAGGUGCAUAUAUGUACGUUUAACCAGUUGAGGUCUUGAAGAAUAUUCAAGUCAAAGUUAUGGAUUCAAAAUGUUUAAGGGAAUAUGAUAAGCUCAGUGUAAUUUGAUUUGAAAAAAUCUAAAAAUGAAAGUAGAAUUUGCUAUUUAAUUAAAUUAAACCAUGGUUUAUUGUGAACAGCCAAUUUUACAAUUGCUGUUUAGUAUUAACGAAAUGUUAUCAUCCUAUAAAAAUAUGUUGACAAUUAUUUUUAGCAUAAGACUGAAGUAGUACAA